CGGGCGGCUGGAACAUUCCGAUGUAUUUUCGAGGAAUUUCCGUGAGGUAUGUGCCAUCACGGUGAGACCUCGCCGGGGCGACGGGGGAAGAGGCAGCGGCCGUAGAGGCUGGAGGCAGUCGAGUCCGGCGGGCACCGAACGCGGUGGCCAGCUCGCGAAUCGUCGGAAGUAAGAAAAAGGGGAUGCGACGCGGGGGAUGAAAACGCUCGGUCCGUGUCACAGUGUAAUCCGGGCGGGGUGGUAGGCUCGGUGGCGGUGGUGGCUCAACACCGGCCGCCAUCUGGUGACGGUCGCGUCAAGCUCGAGCCACUGUGCUUCCCCGUGAAGUGCAUAGCCGAAACGAGUCGUUCGGCUCCGAAACGUCAUCAGCACGAGCAUUUUUUCCGUGGGAUCGACGGGAUCCCGCGAGAUCCGCGCGCGUAACCGGCCCGCGACCCGUCCGCUGCGUGGCGCGUACAGUUUUCCUUUGGUGUCACCGCGGUGUGUUAAAACCUCCCGUGAACGGGAAUCGAAUCGGUCACGAGCGUCAGCUAGCCAGGAUGACGGGAACGAUAAUGACGUAAAGCCCACGAGGCCGAGUGGAUCCGACUGGGUGACCCGAGACGCCCGUGUGUGCACGGAUAUCGCGAUCCCUAUGGCCGUGACGUCGUUGUCAGCUCUCCUGGGGACUGGUUUCGUACAGUGACACCCUUGGUGCGGAGUAUCAGGCGGAUCCUGCGUUCCUGGAGCCUCGAUCCGUGUCCCGGAGAGAGAGGACUGGACGAUGAUCGAUGUCGCGGGAGUAACGUCGCGACCCGCGAUGAUGCCCCGUUGCGAACCUACCCGCGAUCACCUCGAACCGGGGUGGUGUUUGGUCGAUGAUUGAACUUCUACCUCGAAUCACCUAGCGGAGACUCGUUCCGCGGCGGCGGUUUUACAAAGACAACCUGAUCAGGACUGCUACAGGGUGUCGAUCUUAGUUCCCGUCUAGAUGUAGCUGAUCUCUGUAGGAUGUAAACGUGGGACACGGUGGAAAGAGGAUGUCCAGGUCGGGGCAAAAUGCGAUGGAACGGGAAGAACAGGUGAACAGCGGUCUACGAAUAGUCCCGCUGCGUGUCACGGCACCGUGUUGAAAGCAAGCUCCACGGAAUAUCGACCGAAGGCCGCGGCUACCGAAUUAGUCGCGACGAAGGUCGCGAAUAAACGCGUGCUUCUCUUCCCGCGAGAUCAACCGUGAGGUGCGAUACCGACGUUCGAUCAGAGGGUCAGAGGAUUGAAUCCUGUGUGUCUGAGACAACAGCCAUUGCCGAAAUCGACGACGCGUCCUGAACGGACUUGGACACCCGGUCCAUCCGCGCGCGAAGUGUUUUCAACCGCUCCGCCGCAUCUAGUGAUUGUCCCGAUUUCGAGGACCGUCAGCGGAGAUCCUCGGAAACGUCGAUAAUUAACGUGGCACGGAUUAACGAGGAGGGACAUUGAAACCGAGAGUGCGAACUGGAUGUAACUCCCCUCGAAAUACGGCACUCUGAACGAGACCUACUGACCUAUCGACUCGUUUUCCCCCUCCACGGCUGCCACGACUUCACUGUUCCCGUUGCUACCCCUUUUUCCCUGGUUCUACCCUUUGAAUCGCGACACAAGCCGAAUUCGAAGGAUCAAAUCGGGAGGACAGCGACCGUCGUGGUGGUAGCGGUGUGUGGCUUGUGUGUGAGUGUUGUUGGGUCGCGGGGAAGGCGACGUGGCUGCGCGUACGGACAGAGGCGCGGGUGAAUCGAAGAGAGUCGUUCUUUGAACGAGACCCACUGACCUAUCGACUCGGCCGCUCCGCUCCUACCCUCGGCGUCUUUCUGUUCCUCGCCACCCUACCUCUGUCUCUCUCUCUCUUUCUCUUCCUCUCUAGCUUUCUCCGCUGCUGGUAGCGUGCCGCGCCGCGUCGAGACGCUUCGCGAUACCGUUUCGUACACCUCCCUCGGUCCGCCAACGAAAAGGGUAACGUUCGAAGACGCAGGGGGCGACAUCGACCCGCACAUUUCUAAGAUAAACGAGUGCCUAAGGAUUUUUCGAUCGGUACCACCGACCGACUGUUCUAUUUGUACGAUUUUUCGCGAUUCCUCGUUUCCACCCUCUUUCACUAUCAGCCCCAUCUCGUACACUUUUCUACUUGCGUUUUCGUAGCGUUUAACGGCGACACGGUCUGCAGGGUAUGCUUUUCGUUCAUUAUCGCUUGGUACAUCCUCUGUGUUUCUCCGUUCCCGGUUCAGUAUUCGGUGAUUCGUAUCGAUAUAGGGUAUCCAGACUACAACAUGAAGAGUGCCUAAAAUUUCAAUGCCUUCUCGACUGAUCCAUUGGACACACACGACAUCCACGUAUAAAUUCGUCGUCUAUUUUCUCGCGUAAUCGAAUCAUUUCUACGGUCAAGUCCCGGUCGCUCGUUUUUCCUUCCCGCGAAGGGGGACGCGAACCUUUUCAUAUUAUAGCUCUCUCGCGAAGGUCGACCGUGUAAACAGUCGACGAACAGUGCCUCAGAUGUAUUAUCUCCUCUCGACUGAUCCGACACAGAAACAUUAGGAGCCGUACCCGUAAGCUUCACUCGUUUCGCCGCGAUCUAUCGCUUGCCGUUUAGCGAGGUGCGCGACGUUUGUCUCGUUGCCUAUUCUCGUCGAAAGAGGACAAAGAUAAAUCGGAGAAAGAGCGUCCUUGGAGGUGAGUUUCUGAAUCUUCGAAUCCGACUCGACUUUCUACCUUCCACCGAAGUAUAUCCUUGUUCCUUUCGCGCGCAAUCGACGAUCCAGACUGUGCAUGAAACGUUGAACAGCCUACGAUUUCAAAGAGUUCGAAAGACGAUGCCUUACGUCCUCCAAGGAUCCAGCACAAAGUAUCAGCGACGCUUCGAACUUCGUUGAUGUGGUCGACGAGGGGCAAAGUGAAUCAACUCGGCUCACGUUGCCAGCUGAAUCAUUGAACUUUUGCCGGGUCGACAGUGGCGAUCGAUCGACCGAUACCGCGGCGGUCUCGACGGUGCAUCUUUAAUUUCAGCCGCGGAAGACAUGGCAUCCGGAUCGCGACCCGUGCCCGUCGCACUGUCCUUUGGCGAGGAAAAGGAUCGCGCGGCGAGCUACGUCGAGAUGUUCGCUACCUGUGAAACCGUGACGCGUUGGUACGGGUCAUCGACAACAAUAGCCUGAUCGUAGAAUUGCGAGGACAACAAACACGUACAAAGAAAAGUAUCAGCAAUACGAGAGAAUAAAGAUACAUAUAAAUGUGGAAACGGUUAAGUUAAAGAGAAAAGAAAGAUUGUAAAGAGAAGAAGAGAAUAUUGGAAAGAAACGCGCAAUUAAUAGUGUUGGAAGACUAUAUCAACGAAGAAGACGAGUCGAGAAGUGUAUAAUCGAAUCUGUCGAUCGUCUCCUCGUCAAAUCAAGUUGUUCAUACUCAGAGCAAUACAAUAGUAAAUUUGAGAUUCCGGGAUCUCGAGUGUCGAAGAUGUUGUUGAAUUGAGUUAAACUGUUGUACAGGAGAGAGAAAGUAUAAAUUGAACGAAAAAAAAAUGGCGGAAAGUGCGGCGAGCCCGGGUUCCGUGCAGGUCGCUGCGAACAGUCCGCAGCAACAGCAACAAUCGCAACAACCGCAACAACAGCAACAACAACAACCGCAACAAACGCAACAGACGCAACAACCGCCGGAUAUAAGCAGCUCGCAGCUGGCGUCGCCACCAAUCACGGGCACAGCCCAGAUCGAAAUAAUCCCGUGCAAGGUGUGCGGCGACAAGAGCAGCGGCGUCCAUUAUGGCGUGAUCACCUGCGAGGGCUGCAAAGGCUUCUUCAGGCGGUCCCAGUCGUCGGUCGUUAACUAUCAAUGUCCACGGGCCAAGAAUUGCGUGGUCGACCGUGUAAACAGAAACCGGUGCCAGUACUGUCGGUUGCAAAAGUGCCUACGCCUCGGCAUGUCCAGAGAUGCCGUUAAAUUCGGACGUAUGUCGAAGAAGCAGAGGGAGAAGGUCGAGGACGAAGUCAGAUUCCACAGGGCACAAAUGAGAGCGGCCUCCGAGACGGCGCCCGAUAGCAGUGUCUUCGAACACCAGACACCGAGCAGCUCGGACCAACACCAUCCUUACAACGGAGGGUACACGUAUGGCGGCAGCGAAUACGCUUCCCCCGGCCCCGGAACAGGUGGAUCGGGUUAUUACAAUCAUCAGGCGAUGACGAACUACGAGCUUAGCGCCGACUACGUUGACAGCACGACGACCUACGACCCACGGCCGACGCAAACGCAGGUCGCGGACACCGUCGCCCCUGAUACGCCCUCCGCUGUCACCGCGACUGGGGUUCUUCCCAGCGUGGUUACCACCGGAAAGUCGCUGUCUGCCUCGACGACCGGAAGCAGCACAGGGGGUGGUGGUGGAGGUAGUAGCGGAGGCGGUGGUAACGGUGGUGGAUCCGGUGGUGGUGGUUCGGGUGGUGGAGGGAGCGGUUCUGGCACCGGCGGCGGUGCGGCCGCUGGCGGCGGCGGUGGUGCCGGUUCCCUGAGCGGGGGUGGGAUCGUUGCUGUCAAGCAAGAGACCACCGUCGAACUCGCCAACCUGGGCCACGGCUCGUACACGAUGGUCGACUCGACGACCUUUCUGAGCGGUCAGCAACAGAGGGUCAGCAAUCCAUCCGAGGACGACGAAGUGCCGAGUCUGCCCAGUAUGUCCCAUGCGAGAUAUCCAGCACAGAUCAGUGAGCUGCUCUCAAAAACGAUAGCGGAUGCCCACGCAAGAACGUGUCUGAUGACGACGGAAGAGAUCCAGGAGUCUUUCCGGAAGCCGCACGACCUCUCCAGAUUGAUCUACUACAAGAACAUGGCGCACGAACAGCUGUGGCUCGAGUGCGCCCAAAAACUAACCGCUGUUAUCCAGCAGAUCAUCGAGUUCGCCAAGAUGGUUCCUGGAUUCAUGAAGCUCUCGCAGGACGACCAGAUUGUUCUAUUAAAGGCUGGUUCCUUCGAGUUGGCUGUGCUACGUAUGAGCAGGUACCUAGAUCUCCAGCAGAACUGUGUCCUCUACGGUGACACCAUGUUGCCACAGGAUGCGUUUUACACGACGGACACGGCGGAAAUGAAACUCGUUUCUUGCGUGUUCGAAAUGGCCAGGAGUAUUGCCGAACUGAAGCUCACGGAAACGGAGCUUGCACUUUACAGCGCAGCGGUUCUCUACAGUCCUGAUCGGCCAGGAUUGAAAGGCCUCGCGGAGGUGACGAGACUGUCGCAGGCGGUGAUCAGGGCGCUCAGGUCGGAGUUGGACCGUAAUCACGUGUCGCCGAUAAAAGGCGACGUAACGGUGUGCGACGCGAUCCUGGCGAAGAUCCCCCAGCUAAGGGAGAUCUCUCUGCUGCACAUGGACGCCCUCGCGAAGCUGAAACGGUCGCAGCCGCACCUCGACUUUCCAGCCCUCCACAAAGAGCUUUUCAGCGUCGACAGCUGA